GGGACUUUGUCUCAUACAUUAAAUGAGAAACAAAAGGAAGCAAUGAAAGAGCUUUUAGAUGAAGAAUUUAAUAAAGUGAAUAUCAUAGGUUUUAAUUCGGGAAAGUUUGAUUUAAAUUUAAUUCUUCGUGAUUUAAACACUGCAAAAUGGAAAAUAAAAUCAAUGCUGGGUUCAUCUUCUCAAUUUAAGCAAAUCAUUGUAAAGAAAACAAACUGUCCAUAUGAAUUAAGAUUUAUUGACAUCAGAAAUUAUAUAGCGGGUGGGACAUUAGACCAAUUCACUCAAGAUUUCGGAAACAAUAAAUCACGUGUUAAAUCCUUUUUCCCUUAUCAAUUCAUCACGUGGGAAAAUUACGAAGAUGAAUUAUAUAAAAAGGAACCAUUCACGAAAGAUUCAUUUUAUUCAGCAUUAACUCAAGAAACUAUAUCCGAUUCAGAUUAUCAAAUAUAUCUCAAUGAUGCUAAAAAUUUUGAGAAUAGAUUAGAAUAUUUUAUUCAUUAUUGCAAUAAAGACGUUGAAAUUAUGAUUAACCCAAUUGAUAAAAUUAUUGAAGAAACAUUUGUUUAUAAAAUUGACAUGCUUCAUAAUCUUUCUUUAUCAUCGAAUGCAUCAAUGAUUCGUUACGCGUUAGCAUAUAAGAACUUCAAUCCUAACGAAACAUAUCCAGAAGAAGAAAAUGUGGAAUCAAGUUUUGAAUUAACGAAAAAGUAUUGGAAAUAUAAAAUUGAAUCAUAUAAGAAACAAGAUGAAAAAGCAGAAAGGGAUACUAAAAACAAUGUUUCAAUGGAUGAUUUUCAAUACUAUCACGAUUUAAUCCUUUCAUCUAAAUGCAAAAUGUGUGGUAAAGCGUUUACAUAUGCUAAUAAACCAACAUUGGAUAGAAUCGAUAAUGAAAAACCACAUACCAAAGAAAAUUGUCAGUUAAUGUGUUGUUAUUGCAAUGUCGUAAAAUCAAAUAAAGAUGAAGAUGUUCAACGUUUAAGAAUCAAUUUAAGAAAUUAUGCAUUAAAAAAUAAUUUACCAAUGACUUUAGAUUCGGUUGAAGCUUAUCACAUUCUCCGUAAUGGAAUUACUGGUGGUCUAUCAAAUGUUCAACAUCGUGUUAAUCUUAAAGGAAUCACGCACAUUAAUAAACUUUCAUAUAAUCCAGAAACUAAAACUGUAUCAAAUGAGGACACCACCAACAUUAUGACUCAUUUUGUUGGUGUUGAUUUUAAUUCAUUAUAUCCUUCAUCAUUUUCAUCUAAUCCUCAUGAUUUCAUUCAAUAUACUGACCAUAAAAUGUAUAUGCCGGGAAGAUUGAAUGGUGUUAUCAUUUGUGAUACAGCAACAAAGAAAGCAAAAGCACUGGGAAUAAUUAGAAAGAAAAAUACUUUAUUCGUGGCUGAAGUAAAGGGUCACAUUGAUGAAAAAUACAUUAAUGAUUACAUAAACUUUUUACCAAUAAUAAGAAACUUAGAUAUUAUCACAGAUGAAAAAACAAUUGGCAGUUUUAUGUAUAAUUACAUGAAAUCAAACAAUCUACCAGUUGACCAGAAACAGAGGAAAUUAACUCAGUUAGCAUCAACACACAACCAAUAUCAACCAUUUUCUUCUUAUUAUCUUUGGUAUCUAAUAGACAGAUUUCAUUUUAUCAUUGAUGAUAUUCAAUCAAUUUUAACAUUUACGAAAAACACUUGCUUUAAUGAAUUUGCGAACGAAUUUAUGAACGAAAGACAAAAGGCUGAAUUAGAAGGAAAUAAAGGAAAAAGUUUAUUUUGCAAGAUUUCACUUAAUGGAUCAUAUGGUUACGAUGCAAUGAAUACACAAAAUUACGCAAAGACUAAAAUAAUGAAUGCACAGAAGGCACGCGUUGCAUGUAUGUCAAAUAAGUUUAAAAACAUAAGAGAAAUAGGUGAAGAUACGUAUCAAGUGAUGCUUAAAGAUAGAUUUUAUAGAUGUGAUACAUGUUUACAAGAGGCAUUUCUCACUUUAGAUAACGCAAAAUACUGGUAUUUGGUUUUCAUUUAUGAUUUUAUGUAUAAAUGCUUGAAUGUUAAUCGUUUUCAUUUCAUUGAAGGUGAUACUGAUUCAUCUUAUUGGGCAAUCGCUGGCGACCCAAAUCUUCCUAACACUCAAGCAUUUCAAGCAAUUGUUACUGAUAAACAAUUUUAUGAUAAAAACAUUUACAAAUUCGCACCUUUUGAUUUCUUUUGUUUUGAUGAGAAAUUUAAACCUAAAUUAAAGAAUAAAGCUGAAGAAAAAGCACAUGAGAAGAAGUUAUUGGGUUUAGCAAUUGAGAAACAAGGUGAUAACAUGGUUGCUUUAUGCCCCAAGUGUUAUACAUCAUUCAACGGUUCAAUUGAUGGAAGUGAUUUUAAAAAGAUUGCACAAAAAAUGAAAGGAGUUAGUUUACGACAAAAUAAACAAUUAACACCUAAAAAUUAUUUGGAUAUAAUAAAUGAUAAAGUGAUAUUU